AUGGCAACAGAGGAAAGGGAGAAGGAAGCUCGGGGGUCGGGAGAAAGCUGCCCAAACUUCCCCAACAUGGUGCCUGAUGACCCCAUGUCUGAAGGGAAGCCGAGGGCUGCUUUGCCCCAGGAGGCAGAGUCCCCUCAGCCAGACUCCUCCUAUGACUACCUGGAGGAGAUGGAAACUUGGGACGACAGAGGCUGCCCAGGGCCACCUAUGUCACUGUCCCCCAAAGGCGGCCCCACCACCAAGGGCCAGGCGGGUGAUGGACCAGAACUUGCAGUGCCGUCCUGGGCCCCGGGGACCCAAGGGACUGACUGUAAGGCUGAGAUAGAGCUGGAGAAGGUGCGCAUGGAGUUUGAGCUCACACGGCUCAGGUACCUGCAUGAGGAGAAUGAGCGCCAACGGCAGCAUGAGGAGAUGAUGGAGCAGCUGCAGCAGCAGGCGACGCCCCGCCUGUUCUCGAGAGGCCUCCAGGACCUCCUGCUCCCCCAGAACCAGUUUGCCAUGUUCCUGUACUGCUUCAUUAUACACAUACUCUAUGUCACCAAGGAGAUGACGAUCUUUCUCUUCUCCAAGCACUACCUGUUCUGCAUCGUGGCCAUUUUGCUCUGUUUGAUUAAAACUUUAUGGUCAUACUUCCAACUGAGAAAGCAGACUCAGAGGUUCAAGAGUGGCCGGAGCUUCCUCAGCCAGAAGGUGACAGAGACCAAGUGUGGCAAGGAGCUGAAAGCUGAUUUAAAGAAAACAAAGACAUACAUGUCGUAUCUAUUUGGGUUUGUGGAGGAAGAUUCAGAGCGGCUUUAA